CACAUCUCACCGGCUUCGCUGCUGUGUGUUCGCUCUGCGGUUCCCUGAGAAGAUGGCGGCUCGUGGAGGUUUUCAGCCUGCGACACCCGGAGGCGGCGGAGCACCGAUGGGACCCGGGCCACCGGUGGCUGGUUCGGGGCCCGGUAUGGGGCCCGGUACCCCGUCAGGACGGAUGGGACCCGGCGGGCCACAGAACCACAUGUACCGAUCACCGAUGCCCGGAUACCCGAGACCAGGAAUGCCUCCAACCAAUCGUAUGACCCCUCAGGGACCCUCAAUGGGGCCUCCAGGUUACGGGGCCAGUCCAGUAUCCCGCCCCGGGAUGCCCGUCAUGGACCCGUCCCGUAAGAGACCGGCACCGACUCAAAUCCAGCAGGUCCAACAACAGAACCGCAACCAACAUGCCAAGAAGAAGAAAAUGGCGGAUAAAAUUCUACCUCAGAGAAUCAGAGAGCUUGUACCCGAGUCUCAGGCAUACAUGGACCUGCUGGCAUUUGAGAGAAAACUCGAUCAGACCAUCAUGCGCAAGAGGCUCGACAUUCAGGAAGCUCUCAAGAGACCCAUCAAGCAAAAACGGAAACUGCGUAUAUUCAUUUCCAACACCUUCAACCCCGCCAAGCCGGACGCUGAGGAUGGUGAAGGAACCGUUGCAUCAUGGGAGCUGCGUGUGGAGGGCCGACUUCUAGAAGACACCGCUGUGUCCAAGUAUGAAGCUACCAAGCAGAAGAGGAAGUUUUCUUCGUUUUUUAAGUCUUUAGUUAUCGAGUUGGAUAAAGAUUUAUAUGGACCUGACAAUCAUCUAGUGGAGUGGCACAGAACGGCCACGACUCAGGAGACGGAUGGAUUUCAGGUGAAGAGACCUGGAGAUGUUGGUGUUCGCUGUACUGUUCUCCUCAUGCUCGACUACCAGCCUCCUCAGUUUAAGUUGGACCCCAGACUGGCCCGACUGCUGGGUAUUCACACUCAGACCCGACCCGUCAUCAUUCAGGCUCUGUGGCAGUAUGUGAAGACCCAUAAACUUCAGGAUCCUCAUGAGAGAGAAUUCAUCAACUGUGACAAAUACCUCCAACAGAUCUUUGAAACCCAAAGGAUGAAGUUCUCUGAGAUCCCUCAGCGUCUGCACGCUCUACUGAUGCCCCCCGAGCCAAUCAUCAUCAACCACGUCAUAAGUGUGGAUCCCAAUGAUCAGAAGAAGACUGCGUGUUAUGAUAUAGACGUGGAGGUGGACGACACACUGAAGACACAGAUGAACUCUUUUCUACUGUCCACGGCCAGCCAGCAGGAGAUCGCUGGUCUUGACAACAAGAUCCAUGAGACCAUCGAGACGAUAAACCAGCUGAAGACUCAAAGAGAGUUCAUGUUGAGUUUCGCACGAGAUCCACAGGGUUUCAUCAAUGAUUGGCUACAGUCACAGUGCAGAGAUCUGAAGACGAUGACCGAUGUUGUCGGGAACCCAGAGGAGGAGAGACGGGCCGAGUUUUACUUUCAACCCUGGGCUCAGGAGGCCGUCUGCCGUUAUUUCUAUUCAAAGGUUCAGCAGAGGAGACAGGAGCUGGAGCAGGCUCUUGGCAUUCGAAACACAUAAGUGUUCAUUGCGAAAGAAGAGGACCAGAAGGUUUUUUGGGUGGCGUCUGUCCUGCUGCAGGCUCUGAUCACUACAGUUAUUUUACAUUUAUCUUAUAUUGUCCUGCUGUAGCUGCCCAGGAGACCCUUUAAGAGAAAUUCGUAUUUUUCGUGACUCCGCUUAAUGAUUUUCAUAGCGGUGACCAAACUGACAGACUCCGAGGUUUUUGUUUGUUAUAAAAAACACGAACGCUAAGUAUUAGCAAAUCGUCCCAAAUAAUUUUCCUGAGGGGUCGUUGUUUAUUUUUAAAGUUUUCGCUUUUGUCUUUGAUAUUUUAUUGUUCUCAUAUUAUGAACUUUAUGAAGAUUAGUCUAGUUAAGCAUAGAUGAUGAUGAUGAUGAUAAAGAACUUAGUUUAGUACUUGAUGAAAUAUUUAGAUCUUGAAGUCAGUUGGCGUCCACUGGUUAAAGUUUUCUGUAACGUUCAGUAAUCGACUUUUCCAUAGUGGUUUUAGUCUGACGUGUUAGCGAACAAGAUUAGACGUACUACUGAUCGACCCGUUUGCGUAUUGAUCUUUCGGUGACAGUUUAAGCUGUAAAGUAGAUCCACUUUAACCUUGCUGUGAUAUGCAUAUUAAUACAUUUGAAGAAAUUACCUCUGUGGUUUAAUGGUUCAUUAAAUUCUCGUCUUUAUUGUCGACUUGUUGGUCGUUAACUGCAAUACGGAAAACCUGCUAUAAUCCUCGGCUGCACUGGCAUUUUUAUUUGCAUAUGAAGAUACACCAUGGCUUCUUCCACCUAAGUAAUUUAAACAUUUAGAAAUGAUUUUAACAUUCUUGCCUAGGUAGUUAACUAUUUUUGUAAGGCCAUGCAUUUGCUUUGACUGAAGAUCCAUUUUUAAUGUUACGUUUUUUCUUUAAUGGACCAAAUGUUGUAUUUUUCUGUUAGCUUUUGUGUUAUAAUAAAGAUUAUCUUGUAUUGAA